CAGACUGCAGCGGGAAGUGUUGACCAAUUGCUGCUCGAGAGAGGCGUAUCCUUCGCUAUUUAUUCUACAGUGGGAGCCCAGGGUCGCUUGUCUGACGCAGAUCACAUUUCUCCAGUCGGAACACAAGGAGUCUUCAAGGAUAUACCUGCAAACAUGUCGAAAGACGUCCCACGUGAGCCGGAGCAGCUCCGCAAGCUGUUCAUUGGGGGGUUGAGCUUCGAGACCACAGAUGAAAGCCUCCGGGCUCAUUUUGAACAAUGGGGGAGCCUUACAGACUGCGUGGUCAUGCGGGACCCCAACAGCAAGAGGUCCAGAGGUUUUGGCUUUGUAACAUACUCGUCAGUACAGGAAGUUGAUGCUGCCAUGGCUGCUCGCCCCCAUAAGGUGGAUGGGAGAGUGGUCGAGCCCAAACGAGCCGUCUCCAGGGAGGACUCAAACAGACCAGGUGCCCACGUAACAGUGAAAAAGAUCUUCGUAGGAGGCAUCAAGGAGGACACAGAGGAGUCACACCUGCGGGACUACUUUCAGCAGUUUGGCAAAGUGGAGGUUAUCGAUAUCAUGACCGAUCGUACCUCUGGAAAGAAGAGGGGCUUCGCUUUCGUCACAUUUGAUGAUCACGAUUCAGUCGACAGGAUUGUCAUCCAGAAGUACCACACAAUCAACUGUCACAACUGUGAAGUGAGGAAGGCCCUCACAAAGCAGGAGAUGCAGAGUGCAGGUAUGAGAGGUCGCAGCGGCGGUGGAAGGCCAUACGAUUACGACAGAGGCUUCAACCAAGGUGGCAGGGGCAGAUACGGAGACGGCCCGUACAACUGCAAUGGUGGUGAUGGUGGCUAUGGAGGUGGCCCAGGCGGACCCGGCGGAUAUAAUAAUGGCGGUAACCGUGGUUAUAACCAAGGUUACAACCAGGGUGGUGGAGGUGGCGGCGGAGGCUAUGGUGGAAACUGCUACGACAACAACGGAUAUGGCAACUGUGGUGGAGGUGGCGGCGGAGGUGGCAACAGCUACAAUAACAUGGGACACUACGACCCUCAGGCCUCUAACUUUGGCCCGAUGAAGAACAACUUUGGCGGCGGAGGUGGCGGUGGCAGGAACUUUGGUGGCUACGGCGGUGGCUCAAACAAUGGUGGCUAUGGCCGUCCGGGACGAUUUUAAGACGUGAAGCGGACUGAGUACUUAGGAGAGGAGAGCAAGGAGAGGGGAGCAAGCGAAGUGACAGGGCAGCUGCAGGUUUACCUCCUAAAUCUGCUCAGCCAAACAGUUGUGGCAGGUUACAGCUGCUUCAAGAAGAGAUGUACAGUAGAUGAAUCAUGGAGGGCCUUCAUUUAAUCGUUUUGUUUUUGUGUUUUAUUAUUUUUAUCACAUGUGUUUCUGGAAAGCAAGCAUUCCAAUGAGGUUUUAUGUAGACCUUAAGAUCUGGUUUUUAUUUGUAACUGCAUCAAAUGAAGCUCAAAUAAACCAUCUUUCAGUUUUUUAAA